CAUGGUUGUGGGGCUGGAUAUCCGGGUGGAGGGGAGACAUGGCGUCGCUGAGGACAUUUGUGCACCAUUCCAGGUGGCUCGUGACAGGAUGCAGGAAGAUACAUCAGACGUCAGGCUGUAACCAUCCGUUAAUCCCCAUAGUCAUUGAACAGACGGGUCGUGGGGAGCGAGCUUACGAUAUCUAUUCAAGGCUACUGAGAGAGAGAAUUAUUUGUGUCAUGGGACCUAUAGACGACAACGUUGCCAGUUUAGUCAUCGCUCAACUCCUGUUCCUUCAGUCAGAGAGUAACAAGAAGCCAAUCCACAUGUACAUCAACAGUCCUGGUGGUGUGGUGACAGCUGGCCUGGCUAUUUACGACACCAUGCAGUACAUCCUGAACCCCAUCUCCACCUGGUGCGUGGGACAGGCUGCCAGCAUGGGUUCCUUGCUGCUGGCUGCUGGCUGCCCAGGAAUGAGGCACUCUCUACCCAAUGCUCGCAUCAUGGUUCACCAGCCCUCGGGAGGGGCAUCUGGCCAGGCCACUGACAUCGCCAUUCAGGCAGAGGAGAUCCUUAAAAUUAAGAGGCAGAUCAAUAAUAUUUAUGCCAAGCACACGAAGCAGCCACUCCCGGUGAUUGAAGGAGCAAUGGAGCGGGAUCGAUACAUGAGCCCCGUGGAGGCUCAGGAAUUUGGGAUAAUCGACAAGGUCCUUGUCCACCCUCCACAAAAUGGGGAAGAUGAGCCACAACUGGUUCACAAGGAUGAAACCAUGACAUCAGGCUCCCCUGAGCCCUGAGCUGCAAGGUCCGUCUGAUUCACCCUUCGCCCAAUUUCUCCGCCGUGUGUAGAUCAACAUUUUUAUUAAACAUUUAUGACCAGAAGCCUCUCAAAUGUUGUGCUGCUUCACUUUCCGAGUCCCUGCCCAGGAGAUGUGAACACAGAACCUCGGCCAGCGCAUCCCAUGCAGUACUGAGGGAGACCUACACUUUCACAUGUGGGGUCUUUCAUUUGAGAGAUUAAACCAAAGCUCCACCUGCUCUCAGGUGAUUGUGCCCUAUGAAGAAAUGUGCUGGAGUUCACCAAUAACUAGCUGCGAAUCAACAAUACUAUGUUAGUUCACUUUCUGUGGGAGCUUGCUGUGCAAUGUUUCUUGCCUGAUUUCAGUAAGCACACAUCAAAAAGGAGAGCCAUUGACUGGAAAAGACUUCGGGACCUCAUGAAGGUACCCAGAGAAAUUCAAAACUUUUAAUGCCCUCCACAUUUUUGAAAGGUUCACCCUAGCCAUUCCACUGGGGUUGGAUCAAAGACUUCACUGAGGUUACCUUUAGCUUUGGAGGCAAGGGUAACCUAGAUUUCUGGGAUCAGUGUUGGGAAAAUGGAGACAAGAGACUGCAGAUGCUGGAAUCUAGAGCAGCAAACAAGAUGCUGGACGAACCCAGUAGGUCGAGCAGCAUCUGUGGAGGGAAAUGGACAGUCGAUGUUUCAGGUCAAGACAAAGGGUCUCCAUCCAAAAUGUCAGCUAUCCAUUUUGCUUCAUAAAUGCUGCCUGACCUGCUGAGUUCAUCCAGCAUCUUGUUUGUUGUUAUGGAAAAUGGAAUUGUGCCAAAUGUGCUUAGCACCAUAAAGUCACACUGCACUAAACAGGCCCUUCGUCCCACUGAGUCUGUGGCAACCAUGAAUCACCUGUUUACAUUAAUCUGAACUAAUCCUGUUUUUUAUUCUUCCCCUCAUUCCUAUCAAUUCCACACCAUUCUCCCCACCCGCAAUUAACCCACCAACCCGCAGGAAUUUGGGAUGUGGAGGGAAACCCACACAAUCACAGGGAGAAUGUGCAAACUCCAGACAGCAGCAGAGGUCAGAAUUGACCCGAGUCUUUGGAGCUAUGAGGCAGAAGCUCUACUGAUUUCAUCACCAUGCUACCCGAUUAGUAACUAUUCAAACUUCUUCCCAGUGUCUUGAUGUACUUGUUAAUUUGUGCAAUCUUCCAAAUCAAGUCAAGUUUAUUGUCAUGUGCACAAGUACAAUGAGGUACAGUUACAACGAAAAACUUGCUUGCAGCAGCAUCACAGGUAUGUAGGUUCAGGCAACACGCAGAACAUAAAAUUAUACAAGACAAUGAAGAGAGACAGAAAAAAGACUGCUAAAGUAGACACAACCAGAGACAAGUACAUAGUAGUGCAAGAGGUGGUCCAUAGUGUUCUGUUGCUGAGGUAGGGUUAAGGUUGUGCAGGUCAGUUCAAGAACCUGAUGGUUGUCCAUAAGCCUGAGAAUUCUGCUCUGAUCCCAGAACAGCUUCAACAUGGUCCUUCCACCAAUGACCCACACCUCUCAAACUUUACCCUCAAAACACUUGUACAUAUCUCAAGCCUUAGCAUGUUUCAUUUAGUUCGAGGUUAAGUUAGGGAGGAAGAGGUAUGGUAGAUUUUAAAUUUAUCUACAAGUGUGUUGUGUCCUUAAUGUGGCAAAGCAUCCCAAGGGGCUGUACAAGCUAAACAUGGCAUGGAGCUUCAUAAGGAGCUAGUGGGAUUCAACUGGGAUUCUCCAUCCCAGUGCAGUUGCAAGGCAGCUGAGGUUCAACACCCAGGUUGAGACAUUAAGAAUACCUUGUGUUACAGGAGUUCAACUUUGGACAUCACAUCUCAGAUAAAAUAGAUGGAUCUUGGAAGGGGAGCAUUUAGACCAUGAAUGAGUUCAGCAGUAAAAGGGCUAAAAGUGUUCGGUUGCCCAGACUAGGCUUGUAGUUCCCUGAAUGUAGAAGUUUGAGGUUAUCUAACUGAAGUAUUUAUGAUAAAGGAAUUUCUUGACAGAAAUUAUUUCCUCUGUUAGGAGAGUCCAGAACAAAGGACUGCAUCUCAUUGUAUGGACCAUUAGAUCUAUUUCUGAACCAUUCCUCUUGAAUAUUGUUUGCAUUGUAGGUUGCUGGAAAUGUGAGGUGAUAACAGGGUAUCUGUGCACACAUUCUGUGGUGAUGAUCAAGAUCAAUAGACUGUUUGAGCUAGUGAUGUUUAAAGAUUGUAACAGGAAACAUAAGGAAGGAAACAAGGUGGAUUAGAAUCAAAUCAGGAACAGAAAUAGAAAUACUGAUAGGGAAAGAUUAGAGUAAGAGAGAAGAAUAAAAAAGAGCAAGAUACCUCCUCUCCUUAAAAGCAUCAUUCUUACCUAAUUGACCUCAGAAAUCUGUCUGCAGCUAAAUGACUUGCAGCUGUACAUUGCUUUGCCUCCACAUCAGAUCCCUUUCCAUUACCUGGUACUGUCGACUGGGGGACGCAAGAGAUUCUUUCAAAACAAGCCAAAUGCCUACACCUGUGUGUUUUGCCUGGUGGUUCCCUUGGUGAUGAGCUUUGCAUGGGACAAAAAGGAACUGAUUCCCUCUUGUUGUGGGGAUAGACCACUCCCUCACCUUGGCCUCAGGUACUACAGGAAAGACCCUAGUACUUUUUAUCUGCCAGCCACAGUUCCCUCUGCCUGUAAUAGGAACAGGCUGUUCAUCCCACCAUACCUGUUGUGGUGUUUUGUGACUUUUUGGAUGAUCUGUGUCAUAUCUCUAUUUAUCCUCCACGGUUCUGUACAUCUUAAUGACUUUGCCUAAUAAAAAGAAAUGCAAUCAAUUGGA